GUAGUACAGGAAGCAUGAUCAUUGGGGCCUUUUCUAGAAUGAUGUUGUACAUUGAAUCAGUCAUAUAUACAUGUAUAUUUCACAAGAGUGGUCCACUUUUGUUUCGGACCACACGAGCUGGACGCGCAGCCGCAUAUAAUUACCGGAACUUAUUUGUCACAAAGGUGCAUGACACACUAGACCAAUAUUACUCAUUUGUUCAUUUCAAAGGGAAUUUGCUGAUAUCUUAAUACAUCCACAGUAACAUGCUGCAUACGCCCCAACUUUCAUGUGAAGAAAAUCUGUCGGAAUGUAUGCUAGAAUUAUCCAGAAAAGAUGCAUGUUACAACUGGGGAGACACGAUUCAAGGUAAACUUAAUCUGAAAAUCUCCGAAGGAUCUAUCGAAAUCACAUCCCUUCGCAUUCUUUUUCAUGGUUACGGGAAAAUCAACUGCAAAGGAAAGAAAGAUGAACUUCUGCAGGAAAAUAUGACGUAUAUGAAAAAGUUUUCUAAUGCCAUAUCACAACCUAUUGUGGUUUCGCAACAGGAAUAUUCAAUUCCGAUUGAGGAAACUCUUCCGGAUCAGCUUCCCACUUCUGUUUACAGCCCGAAGGGUCAUAUUCAAUACGUUAUCCAAUGCACUUUGGAGUACAAAACAGCAGCCGGAACUCCAAGUAUUGUGAAAGCGGUGCGAGGUAUAACCGUGAUUGAGUCAUUGGAUCUCAAUAAAAUCUCCAAAACAUGGUUCGAACCAAAAACUGAAUUCGAGCAGAGAAAGUUCGGUUGGUUUGCCUGCACCGGGGGUCAUAUCAGACUUCAUCUAACAUUUGAAAGAAGCGCUUUUGUUUGUGGAGAAGCAAUUCCAUUCAUUGGGAAAAUUGAGAACAAAAGUGAUCGAAGAAUUGAAAAGGUUUCAGUCUGCCUAAUGAGAAAUACCAGAUUUGGAAACGACGUGGAGGAUGAUGUUGAAAAUGCAACUGUUGACCAUCAUUUAAUUCAAGAAGACCUUAUGGCAAUGUACAUUGAAGAAGGCUGCGUCAACAAAAUUGACAAAAAAGUCCAUAUUCCAUGCACCGCUCCAUCUACACCACUUCCGAUACUUUUCCGCUCAGGACAAUUGGACGGAAACAAGUUCCAGCUUCGACGUAAAUCGCAACUAGGGAGAUUAUCUCUUACAAGUCAAAAGUCACGACAAUCAAUCUCCUCGACGUCCAACAUGCAACGGAUUUUGGCGAUCACGUACGCAUUCCUCAUCAAAGUCAGAUCAAAUGGAAUGGAUGUCAUUGAUUUGAGUGUUCCAGUUGUGAUUGGGACUGUACCAUAUAUUGACCAUGUGAACUCCGGAGACCCAUCCGAUCCACUUGAUCGCCCAGUGAUUAACCUUUGCCGCCAAGACAAACCAAUUCCUUUGUUGGACGAGAAAGAAAGAAGUUUAUGUAAUAAAGCUCAGCUGCAACAUGUGAACAAAUAUCCAUUUUUUGCAACUCUUCCAACAUCGUCAAAACAGAGCAAGAAACUUUGCGUUAUUGCUCAAAAUAUCAAAGUUGAAAACAAAAUCAUGAAUACUAUAAAAAGCGCUGUGGACGAUGAAAAAUACUAAUUGCAACUCACUAGUUUUUUUUCUUACGAAUAAAGCUUAUGGUUCAAU